AUGUGGCUUCCAAAAGGAAAUGGGGUGAAGGUUACAGGAGCAAAUGGGUUGGUUGCUCUUGCUGUUGACAAGGAGAAAGGAAGCCAACAUGCUGUCAAGUGGGCUGCUGACAAUCUUCUAAGCAAGGGCCAAACUGUUAUUCUAAUCCAUGUUGUUCACAGGGCCUCUAAAUCUCCUUCAUGCCAUAAGGGAAGCCAUGCCAUCAUAUGCGACAGCAACAACGCAGCUGCCUCACCACAUAGACAGCAGCUUGAGAAGCAAUCUAAGGAUCUGUUCCUUACCUUCCACUGCUACUGUACCCGAAAAGACAUAAAAUGCCUGGAUGUGUUACUGGAAGACACAGAUAUAAUAAAAGCAUUAACAGAAUAUGUUUCGUAUGCUGCGAUAACGAACUUGGUUCUUGGUGCAUCACGGCAUGGAUUUAUUAGAUUCAAGACAUCAAAUAUUCCAAGUGGCGUGACAAAAGGUGUACCAGAUUUCUGCACUGUAUAUGUAAUCUCCAAAGGCAAGGUCUCUUCUGUUCGAAACGCUUGUCGUCCACCCCCCUACCUUUCCCCACUGCUCGAACAUAUUCAGAAACUAUCAAACAAAAAAACCAUCAAUUCUUCUGAUCCACGCACCAAACAGAGCAUGAAUAUAAGAGGUUUGACACCAUUCAAGCCUCGUAACAUAGAGGAUGAAUCAAUGAGGUCGCCCUUUAGAAGAGGGGGAAGAGGUUUGAAUGCAAAAGCCCAUGCAGAGUUUUCAGAAGGAGAAUCGGACAUAUCAUUUGUGAGUUCUGGGAGGCCCAGCAAUAUUGAACCGAUGUCUACUUUCCCCUACGAUUAUAUAGAUUCUGGGCGAACCUCUCGGCUUUCAACCAACUCAGAUCAAACCAAUGGAUCAAUCCAUUUGGGAGCCAAGUUAACUGACCUCAAUUUGAUGCAGAAUUACUCAUCAUUUUCAAACGAGAGCAGUGUUACAUCAAGUUCAUGGUCAUCACAAAACUUGGAUGAUGUGGAAGCUGAGAUGAGGAGGAUGAAGCUGGAGCUGAAGCAAACAAUGGACAUGUACAGUACAGCAUGCAGAGAAGCAUUAAUGGCAAAACAGAAGGCAAUGGAGCUGCAUCAUUGGAGAGUUGAAGAAGAGAGGAAGUUUGAAGAGGGAAGACUGGCAGAGGAAGCUGCCCUAGCAAUAGCAGAGAAAGAGAAAGUCAGGUGCAAGGCAGCCAUGGAAUCAGCAGAAGCAGCGAAGAGGAUUGCUGAGUUAGAAUCACAAAGAAGAGCAUAUGCGGAAAUCAAGUCCCUCAAAGAAGCAGAGCAAAUAAGAAAGGUGUUGGAUAGUUUAGCCCAGAGUGACGUCAAAUACAGGAGAUACAAUCUCAAGGAGAUUGAGAAGGCAACAGAAUUCUUUGCUGAAUCUCGCAAGAUUGGUGAAGGAGGCUACGGCCCUGUAUACAGGUGCUACCUUGAUCAUACACAAGUUGCAGUCAAGGUUUUAAGUCCAGAAGCUGCUCAAGGGAGAUCACAAUUUCAACAAGAGAUUGACAUACUUAGCUGCAUAAGACACCCAAAUAUGGUGCUCCUUCUAGGAGCAUGUCCUGAGUAUGGCAUCCUAGUCUACGAAUACAUGGCUAAUGGAAGCUUAGAUGACCGUCUCUUUCGGAAAGGAAACACCCCAGUUCUCUCAUGGCAACUCCGGUUCCGAAUCGCCGCAGAAAUCGCCACUGGCCUACUUUUUCUCCAUCAAACGAAGCCAGAGCCGCUAGUACACCGUGACCUCAAGCCAGCAAACAUUUUACUCGACCACAACUAUGUCAGCAAGAUCAGUGAUGUCGGAUUGGCAAGGCUUGUACCUGCGGUAGCUGAAAAUGUAACACAAUACCACAUGACAUCAACGGCUGGAACUUUUUGUUACAUUGAUCCAGAAUACCAACAAACAGGAAUGCUUGGAGUAAAAUCUGAUGUCUAUUCCCUUGGAAUUGUGCUUCUGCAAUUGGUGACUGCUAAGCCACCAAUGGGUUUGGCGCACCAUGUUGGUCUGUUUAUUGAGAAAGGAAAGCUCUCUCAGAUGCUGGACCCUGCUGUACCCGAUUGGCCUAUUGAAGAAACAUUGCGCUUUGCUAGGAUAGGAGUUCAAUGUGCACAGCUCAGAAGAAAAGACAGGCCAGAUCUUUGCAAGGAAGUAUUGCCAGAGCUCUGUGAACUAAGGGAAAUAGCUGAAGAAAAGAUGAACCGCUUUGUCUUAGGUUCUAGUGCUAGCCCCUCUCCUAAUCACAGCCAUGUUUCAACGCAACAGGAUGUUAUGAGUGAUCAACUCCUUGAGAACUCGGGAAGCACAAAAAGCAGAUCAAGCACUUCAUCACUGAAGGAAGACAAUCAGGUGUAG